UGGUAGUGGAAGCAGGGUCUUCGAUGAGAAUGAUUAAAAUAUUUUUGCAAGUGUUCGAUAAGAGAAAGAAUAACAGAGCGUCUUUAUGCGCUGAACAUCCUCGCAAUACUCUCAUGCUUCGUAUCGAAACAUACCACCGACUUUGUUGAUGCUCACAAAACCAUCCUCAACAUCUUCUUCAUUACGCGUCCGAGUCCGUGGAAAAAGCCACACGAAGCAAGAAGUCGUAUGAAUUCUCACUCUAGAAUGCUAGAAGAAGGCAUAAGUUUCGUCAGGCAAGCACAGGAGGCUGAGGCGGAUAUUCGUGUUCACGAAAUCAGCCUUACGACGGCGGAGCUAGCGCGUAGCUUGGAUACGACGAAUCGUGUAAUACCGGUCGUGGACGUAAGCGCCGUAAGACUCUCCGUACGCGGGGUUUUGCAAAGUGUGCUAGGCUUGCGAAGAAAGUGCGACAGCUGUAUGCGAACGGUAAAUACUAUGUAUUCACUUGCUCAUUACUAUGGCAUGAAAGUUCAGACUGCGCCAGGGUAUCAUGCAAAGCAUCGUUCUCAGAUGCUGUCCCUCUUUCGCCAGCUCUUCCAAUCUCCUCGACUGUCGCUUCCAUUCGGAUUAUUGCUCCGUUGUCGCGCGCCGCACCUCGUCAAUUUGGCGCUGGUGCUCGCAGCUUCGCAAGCUGUAGCGCUUCUGGUACAACUGUCAGCAGCGCCCUCACUGUAAAAACUUCGGAUUGAGACUUACUGGGUAUUGCUAUUCACUUCAGCAAUAAGGAAGCCAUCAUGCUCGAAGGCUCCACAGCCUGUAAGUUCAAAGGCUUUCG